GUCGCGUUCGCAGCCCCAGCCCGCCUCGGACGCGCCGCCGCUGCCGCCAUGGGUCGACAGAAGGAGCUGGUGUCCCGCUGCGGCGAGAUGCUCCACAUCCGCCACCUGCUGCUUCGCCAGGCUCUGGCUGAGUGCCUGGGGACCCUCAUCCUCGUGAUGUUUGGCUGUGGCUCCGUGGCCCAGGUGGUGCUCAGCCGGGGCACCCACGGUGGUUUCCUCACCAUCAACCUAGCCUUCGGCUUCGCUGUCACCCUGGGCAUCCUUGUGGCUGGCCAGGUCUCUGGGGCCCACCUGAACCCUGCUGUGACCUUUGCCAUGUGUUUCUUGGCACGCGAGCCCUGGAUCAAGCUGCCCAUCUACACCUUGGCUCAGACGCUGGGAGCCUUCUUGGGUGCUGGGAUUGUUUUUGGGCUGUAUUAUGAUGCAAUCUGGGACUUUGCCAAGAAUGAGCUCAUAGUCUCGGGCCCCAACGGCACAGCAGGCAUCUUUGCCACCUACCCCUCUGGACACUUGGACAUGGUCAAUGGAUUCUUCGACCAGUUCAUUGGCACUGCCUCCCUCAUCGUGUGUGUGCUGGCCAUUGUUGACCCCUACAACAACCCCGUUCCCCGCGGCCUGGAGGCCUUCACCGUGGGCCUGGUGGUCCUGGUUAUCGGCACCUCCAUGGGUUUCAACUCUGGCUAUGCUGUCAAUCCCGCCCGGGACUUCGGUCCCCGCCUUUUCACCGCCGUUGCCGGCUGGGGCUCUGAAGUCUUCACGACCGGCCGCCACUGGUGGUGGGUGCCCAUCGUGUCUCCACUCCUGGGCUCCAUUGCGGGUGUCUUCGUGUACCAGCUCAUGAUCGGCUGCCACCUGGAGCAGCCUCCACCCUCCACUGAGCAGGAGAAUGUGAAGCUGGCCCAUGUGAAGCACAAGGAGCAGAUCUGAGUGGGCAGGGGCUACCUCCCCGCCCCUCCCUUGAGCAUCCCCAGACUGUGCAGGGGCUGCUGCCUAGAAGCCUUCACGGGACCCUCCCAGACUUGAGAAGCUCCUUGUCAACUCCCACUCCAGUGGACAGCCCCCUUGGGGAUUCUCCCCAGGACGCUCCCCAAAUAGGCCCUUAGGACACUGUCUUUAAGCUGUGGUGGGACAGGGAGUAGGGCCAACAUACCCUUUGUCUCCCAACAGGAAAAUGGGCAGUGGGCGUGUGAGUAUGUGUGCGCGUGUGUGGUUUCCAAGAUACUCAGGGCAAGGGACCAAGUGGAAAGGAUUCUAGCUGUUGGGGGGAGACCAGAGGAAGGGGAAGGUCCAUCUGUGGUGUGUCCCAUCUGCGAGUGAGGAAAGUGUGAAGAGUCUGCAUGUUUCAGGGGGCUCCAUAUGGAGAAGGUUCCAGAUAUAUGUGUUUCUGAGUAUGUGUGUGUAUGUGCCCUUUUUUCUAAGUAGGGAGCUUCUCUAGGCUUUGGGGGAAGAAGGGUGGGGGCAAGGGGGUAGGGCGGGGAGGAGGAGGCCACAGCCCAGGUAUGGAGCUCUGGUUGUAUAUAAGUAAGAACAGAGAACGUAGUUCUGUGAUAAUGUAGGCAUGAGGGGUGGUGGGGUGAAGUCCAGGUCGUAAGUUUCAUGCUUGCCUUUUUUUUUUAAAAUACAGCAGAUGUUACAGUUUUAGGGAUGGGGGUUGGGAGACUCUGCUUAAAAUAGGGUCUUCAGUCCUUUAAUCCUCCACUCAAAAAAUGUACUCUUUUGCCUUUUAUAAAAAAAAAUAAUAAAAUGUGUUCCUAAAACUGCCA